CCAGCUGGGGUUGGAGCGCCUGCAGCGCUUGGGGCGGGGCCGGGCAAGUUUGUUUCCUGAGUUCGGAGACCCAGACCCCCAGCGGUUGUCGCGCAGGUGCCCUCCGGCUUGGUCAGGAUGGAGCUGCCCGCCGUGAACCUGAAGAGCAGAGUCCCAGGUUCCCCAAAGGAGCCUCCAACCUUGGAAGCAGGAGAGGCGAUCCUCCUGGUUCACUGGCUGCUGACAACCUGGGGCUGCAUCGUGUUCUCAGGCCCCUACGCCUGGGCCAACUUUACCAUCCUGGCCUUGGGCGUGUGGGCCGUUGCGCAGCGGGACUCCGUGGACGCCAUAAGUAUGUUUCUGGGUGGCUUGGUGGUCACCGUCUUCCUGGACGUCAUUCACAUCAGCAUCUUCUACCCGAGGGCAGGCCUCUCGGACACGGUCCGCUUCAGUGCUGGCAUGGCCAUCCUCAGCCUGCUCCUCAAGCCGUUCUCCUGCUGCCUCGUCUACCACAUGUACCGGGAGCGCGGGGGUUUCCUCGGACUGUCACAGGAUCGCAGCGCCUACCAGACGAUUGCCUCUCCAGAGGUGCCUGCUGACCCGGAGGGCAGGGGUUCCAUCCCCCAAGGAUACUGAAGCCAGCCCUGCUGUGCCUGGUCCCAGUCCAGGGACCAGUCUGACAAACUGUGGGGGAGGCCCAGGCUGCAUCACCUUCCUUGAGCCUUGGACAUCAUCCUAGGGGUGCUCCUGACCUAACCUGCCAAUCCUAGGAGUGCUCUCAGAACUAACGUGGGAGGUGUCCUCUGGAUCCCCAUCUCAGGGGUUGCCUAAAUCAAGUGCCCCGAGAGGCCAGCAGCCCCCAUGCACACCCAUCCCAAACUCCCUGAGGCCUCUCCUGCCUUCCAGGUGUCCCACUGGUCCCAGGCUGGAAAUUGUGGUUGCUUUUGUCACCUCCACUCUUGGCUGCUCUGUACAGACCCCAGGCCAAGCCAUGCCUGAGUCUGGCAGGGUCAGACCUUCUCUAAGGGCCAGUGAUGCCCACCCCCAACCCCAGGCCUCUCCUGAAGUUGGCCAAGCCCUCCUGCAGGAGCUCUGAGAGCUUCAGGUCAUGCUCAGCCCCGGGAGUAGUCCUGCAUGGGGUGAGAACCCCUGGCUUCUCACUGCCUGGCCACUUGGUGCCUGGGGACCCUGAGGCUGGAGACAGGAGGUGUCUGCAGCCCCAGAGACCCACCACAGCCUCCAGCUGCCCUACUCGGAGCCAUGGCAUUAAAGUUCGGGGAAUUCUGUAGCUGAGUGUGUUUUGAGGCACGUUUAAUCUCCCUUCAGGGCUGGGGCCUGGACUUGCCAUUCCUGGGACGAUUUCUCCUGCGAAUCCCCAGGGCUUAGGUGCCCGUUCUGUUGUGGCAGGAGGAAACGGGCUCAUGAGGAGCUGGACCUGCCCUGUGCCCCUCUCUGGCCUAGGCGAGGCCCCAGCAGGGAGCACACUGUUCAGUUGCAAAGCAGCGUCCAUUUCUCCGAAUUCAGAUGACUCAGGUGUUGGUUUGAAUCCUGCUCUGCCACUGACUGGCUGUGUGCCCUUGCGCAUCUUAACCUGUCUGACCUCCGUGUCUCCCGGAGAAGGGCUACUGCCUGCCUGGAGAAUGAGGAUGCUGAUGACACAUAUAGCGCCUGGCCCUCGGGAGUCCUCCCUAAAUGACAGCAAAGUUGUCGGUAGGGCUGCUUUUUGAGUCUGUGAUGAGGCUGGGUCAGUAGGAGCAGGGUGGCCUCUUCCUGGCAGACCCUGGGUCUUGGCCUCGGAGCUGACUGGGAUUGACACCCAUCCAAAAGUUCCAGGGGUCCCAUGGCCAGGGCUCUACCCAGCUCCCACUGCGAUGGGUGUUGACCACCUGGCCCCAGGUGCCUGCGCUUUCCCAGGCCAUCCUGCCUUGUCUCCAGCGCAGGCCCCACCGUUCUUCUGUAUCCGUCCAUCCAGAGAGGCUGAGUCCCUGCCACGUGCUGGGCAAGGGCCUGGGACUAUAGGGGUGAACCCAGGUGCCUGCUCUCGGGGCACAGAUAUUAAGAGUCCUCUGUCCUGAGGCAGGAGCCCUGAUAGAAGGCACAUGGGCCUCUGGGGAAGGGACUCAUGCUCUGAGGCCAAAGGAUGCUGAGUGGCUGCAGCUGUGGAAAACUGGAACCAGCCUCCCUGUCAAAGGGGGGGCAGACAAAUAAGCUUUGAUCCGUUCAUUCUGAGGAGCGCUGUUCAGCAGUUCAAAUGAAUAAACCAGAUCUAUGCCUACCAA